AAUUCGAAAUUAAAAUUUUAGGGAAUAUAAGUGAACCUAAACGCCGGUGUUUUCGUCUCCCGUCACAGUUGCGAUCAGCCGCAACCUCCUUCGUUCCGUUGUCGGCGAAGCUUCAGAUCUCAGGAGUCUAUCUCCUCCGCUCCACCACUUCAGGUGAGUUCGCAUGGAGAUAGUUGCUAUAACAUUGGUUCUGCUUUUUGUACUGGCAGCUCUGUUUGUCAUCCCAAGAUCCAAUAGCAGAGGCACAUCCAAGAAAACUCAUCCAAGUGCAACCACAAAGACACUGAGAACUUACUCUAAAAAAGAGGUCUUGCUUCAUAACAAAAGGACGGAUUGUUGGAUCAUAGUCAAGGGCAAGGUCUAUGAUGUCACCCCUUAUGUGGAGGAGCAUCCUGGAGGAGAUGCUAUACUAAACAAUGCUGGAGGCGAUUCAACUGAGGGCUUUUAUGGGCCACAACAUGCCACACGAGUGUUUGACAUGGUUGAUGAGUUUUAUAUCGGAGAUUUGAAGGCCUGAUGAGGUUCUUGAACUAUCUACGCCGGUGGUCUUGAAAGUGGAUGGAAGGAUCGAUUAUGAAGAGUUUGCAACUAUGAUGAGAAAAGACUCUUCAGAGGUCAUCCAAUCUAGCCGGCGUAAAUAAGAUCAUGCUGAUGGUCAAUAAUGCGAUUGUGUUCUCAUAAUCUUGUGGCUGCUUGGUUGAAAUCAACCUAGAUUCCUUACUCAUCUUCCUGGAAAAUGUCAAUAAUCUAAACUUGCUGAUUGCUUAUGUUCUCAUGAAUAAUGCCUAAUUUUUAAAAAUCA